GCGUUCUCUAUCCCGGCAGCUACUGGCAUUUGACGGCUUCGUUGGUGUUCUCCAAGGUCCUCUACAUCGACUGUGACAGCAAGGUCGGCAAGUUUUUCCAAGAUGAGCCGCUGCUGGAAUGGGUGAAGGAGCACAAAGACUAUGCGACCAAACCGGAAAUCGACUUUCGCCAGCAAAACUUUGAACGCCUGGACGUUGCGGAGGGGAGCUUCGACCUGCUUAUCUCCAUGAGCGCUGGCAUUGUCUCGAAGCCCUGCGGCCGAUACGUCAAGCGCGGAGGCUAUUUUCUGGUGUCCGAUGCCCACUUCGAUGCGCGCACCACGGCGCUGGAUCCGCGCUUCAAGCUCGUUGCAGUCUACAACCCGGAGACGAAGAGGCUCGAGACGAAAGACCUUGAAUCUUGCUUCAUGACGACUGCGGGCGAGAAGAUCUCUGCUAACCAG